AUGACGACUGAAGUCAUCUCUUCCUCUCAAGCCGCCGACUUUGACUAUGUCAUCGUCGGCGGUGGCACGGCCGGUUGUGUCAUUGCAAGCAGGCUCUCCGAGUACUUGCCAAAUAAAAAGAUCUUAAUGAUCGAGGCUGGCCCCAGCGAUUUCAUGGAUGAUCGCGUCCUGAAGUUGAAGGACUGGUUGGCUCUGCUCGGAGGGGACUUGGAUUAUGACUACCCAACUACUGAGCAACCAAAUGGAAACUCAUAUAUUAGACACUCUCGGGCCAAGGUCCUAGGAGGCUGCUCAUCCCACAAUACCCUGAUCUCCUUCCGGACCUUCGAGUACGAUUGCCAGAUAUGGGAGAGCAUGGGCGCCAGAGGAUGGAACUUCAAGACCAUGAUGCGCCUCAUUGACAAUCUCCGCAACCAGAUCCAGCCUGUCCACUCCCGCCACCGUAACCAGGUCUGCAAGGACUGGGUUGAGUCCUGUUCGACUGCUAUGGACAUUCCAAUCAUCAAAGACUUCAACCAGGAAAUUCGAGAGACGGGAAGCCUUAAACAGGGCGCGGGCUUCUUCUCUGUGGCAUAUAAUCCUGAUGAUGGUCGGAGGAGCUCUGCCUCUGUUGCAUACAUUCACCCUAUCCUCCGCGGGGCAGAGAAGCGUCCUAAUCUCACUAUCUUGACCCACGCCUGGGUCAGCAAGAUCAACGUCUCGGGGAAGGAGGUCAGGGGUGUGGAUUUGACGCUGAAAUCCGGCACUAAGCUCACAAUCUCUCCUAGGCUCGAAACUAUCCUGUGUGCUGGAGCCGUUGACACCCCGCGCUUGAUGCUGCUCUCAGGCAUCGGUCCCCAAGAACAACUCUCCAAUCUCGGAAUCCCGGUUGCCCAUGACCUCCCUGGAGUAGGCGAGAACCUCCAGGACCACCCCGAAUCCAUCAUAAUAUGGGAACUGAACGCACCAAUCCCCCCACAGACCACCAUGGACAGCGACGCAGGUGUCUUCCUCCGCCGAGAAAUCCCCAAUGCAGCGACCAACAACGCCGAUCCAAACCUAAACCCCUCCAAGCUGCCUGAUGGCAACAUAGCAGAUAUAAUGAUGCACUGCUACCAAAUCCCCUUCUGCCUCAACACCCAACGGCUAGGCUACGACGUCCCUGUACAUGCCUUCUGUAUGACGCCCAAUAUUCCCCGCCCCCGCUCCCGUGGGCGCCUAUAUCUCACAUCCGCCGACCCCAGCGUGAAGCCAGCUCUAGAUUUCAGAUACUUUACAGACCCGGAAGGUUACGACGCCGCAACCAUCGUAGCAGGCCUCAAAGCAGCACGCCAAAUCGCUAACCAAGCUCCGUUUUCAAAGUGGUUGAAACGGGAAGUCGCCCCAGGUGCAAAAAUCAAGACGGACGAAGAGCUCAGCGAGUAUGGCAGGAAGGUGGCACAUACCGUGUACCAUCCCGCGGGAACCACGAAGAUGGGCGCGAAGUCGAAUGCUAUGGCGGUUGUAGAUGAGGUUUUGAAAGUUAGGGGCUUGAGCCGGGUUCGGAUCGCGGAUGCGGGGGUGUUCCCUAGUAUGCCAACUAUUAAUCCGAUGUUGACGGUUUUGGCUGUGGGCGAGAGGGCUGCAGAGUUGAUUGCUGCGGAUGCGGGAUGGAGAGGCGAUGGCAAUCCAAGGUUGUAA